UCAGAAUCCAAGCUUUGUAUUUUGUAUUCACCUUCAAAAUUUAUAAAAUUUCCGCAAAACCACGCAAAACCCACCAAAAAUUAUUUCCAAACCCAAUACUCCGCUAUUAAGUAAUUAAAUUUUACACUCCUCCAUAUAUUAUUAGAUAAAAAUGGCGGAUUCUAAUAUUUCCAAUGAGCAUGGUGUUGAUGAACACUGUGACCCUAACAAUCCAAGAAUAGUCAAAUAUGAGGAUAUCCUGGCCGCCGCCCGCCGCAUUGUUGGAAUUGUUAUGAGGACACCCUUACUGAAAUCCCACAUGGGAGAAAAAUAUGGCAUGGAUUUGUACUACAAAGCGGAAUUCUUACAGCGUGUUGGGAGCUUCAAUGAACGCGGCGCCUGCAAUGUCCUGGCGUGUCUCACCGACGAACAAAAGAAAUUUGGCGUUAUAACAGCUUCUACCGGCAAUCACGCCCUCGCCAUGUGCUAUCACGCGAUGCGGAAUAACAUCCCAUGCUGCGUCGUGAUGCCUGCGAGUGCUAGUCCAAUAAAGAUGGAAAAGUGCAGGGAGCUAUCUGGCAAUAAAGUUGUAAUUCACGGCGAAGACAUAGCUGAGGCCAAACAACACGCUCUCGAUCUGGCUUUAGAAAAGAAGAUGGUUUAUAUUAAUGGGUACGAUCAUGUGAACAUUAUUGAAGGGCAGGGUACGAUCGGUAUAGAAAUUGUAGAGCAGUUGCCAGAUGUCGACGCCAUACUGGUGCCCGUGGGGGGAGGUGGCUUGAUCGCCGGUAUCGCUACUGCCGUCAAACAUCUAAAACCUGAUACAGAAAUUUAUGGCAUUCAAACGGAUAAAACAUUUGCCAUGACUGAAACUCUGAGGAAGAACGAGCGAGUUCAUAUUGCUAUCAGUAACACCAUUGCCGAAGGGCUCGCUAUCAACAAAGUUGGAGUAAACUCAUUCGCCAGUAUAAAAGGAACGGUUGACAAGAUGAUUAUAGUGAAAGAGGAUUGGGUGAUGCGCGGGAUCCUACAUGUGAUCGAAGAAGAAAAGUUUGUAGUUGAAGGCGCAGGGGCUACCACUAUUGCUACAAUCAUGGCCGGACUCCUUCCUAAUCUCAAGGGGAAAAAAGUGGUGUGUGUAUUCUCUGGAGGUAACAUGGAUCCGAAGGUGUUGUCUAGGUGCAUCGAACGGGCCAUGGCCAUUGAGGGUCGCCUGGUGAAGUUCAGGGUCACACUCGAGGAUAAAGAAGGAGCUUUCACAGAGUUUUGUUCGCUCAUGUCCAACAUAGGAGUCACCAUUAGAGAUUUUGUCCCGCAGCGCACUUGGGUCACCAGCGAGAUCUUUUAUACAGAGGUGAAAGUGAUUGCGGAGACGUCGGGCUUGAACCAGGCGAAGGAGCUGACGGAUUUAGUAAAGAAGCACUACAAGGAGGCCUACUUCCACCAGCUCAGCGAACAUGCGCGCGUGACGACGGAGCGCCGCGGGCCCUGCCUCGCGCCCAACCCUGUCUGCAUGAUGAAGUAGACCCAGCUACUUGAAAUUAUUGACCUGAUAAUGAUAUGAUCGAAACUGUCUAAUGAAAUAAACUUGAUUCAAUUAAAUUAGA